UUCUAGAAGCAGAAGGCAGCUGGCAGUUAUCCGCAGUCCAGUCGAAGUCGAAAACUCGUCGCCGUUGCGCCAUUUCCCGAAACGUUUCGGAUCGACCGGAGUAAAUUCUCUGUCCCGAAUCCACACGUAACUUAUUCCUCCUUGCAGUGCAGCACAUUUAGGCACCAUGUUGGCCGCACGAGCUUGCUUGUUGCGAUCGCCGUUCACGCCACUGGCUCGCCAGUCCCUGGUGUCGAACGCCCAGACUCCUAGCCAAGCCAUUCUCCGCUGCUUCGGAAAUGAAGCCCGCACUGCCAGGGGUCGGACAAGGUUCCGAGUCGCUGAAGCUCCUGCUGCUCCAAAAGUUCCAGCUCACACCCCGUUCGUUGUUGGACAAGGGAUGGUUGGAGGUGCAGCUUUUGUUGGGCUGGGAGCUCUGGCGUAUUAUGGUCUUGGCAUGUCUUCUGAGACAAGUGCCCUUCAACAAACUCUCAUGUGGCCACAGUAUGUGAAAGACAGAAUUCGAGACACUUACAUGUUUGUAGCUGGCUCACUUGGUGUGACUGCUGCUUCCACAGUUGCCAUCUAUAGAUCACCAACUGUCCUAAGAUUUUUCAAUGCUCAAGGAUUUUUGGGAUUCAUCGCGCCCAUGAUUGCCCUCAUCGCAGUUGGUUCAGCCAUGCAUUCAAUUCCUUAUGAACCUGGCUUUGGUGCAAAGCAUGCCAUGUGGUUGUUACACAGUAGUCUGGUUGGUGGGAUUAUCGCCCCCUUGAUGAUGUUGGGAGGCCCUGUUCUUCUCAGAGCUGCUGUUAUGACCGCUGGUGUUGUUGGAGGCCUGUCUACUGUAGCUAUGUGCGCCCCCAGCACCAAAUUCAUGAACAUGGGUGCUCCUUUGGGCAUUGGUUUUGGAGUUGUGCUUGCUUCAUCCAUUGGAAGCUUCUUCAUGCCACCCACUUCCCUAGCAGGGGCUAGUCUGCACUCCAUUGCUUUGUAUGGUGGAGUCCUCCUGUUCUCCGCACUGCUGCUUUACCAAACUCAGGGACUCAUGCAGAGGGCCCAGCACACUCCUUAUUACUCCCAGUUUGACCCAAUCGACUCGUGCACCGGAAUUUACAUGUCAAUCAUCAACCUGUUUGUCAGAUUUGUACAGAUGACUGCCAUGAACAAGAGGAAGUAGAGUUAUCCAUGGUUUGACAUCACUCUCUCAAUUUCGUGUUUUCCAAAUCUCACUCUAAAAGGAAUUUUUGUCAAUGCUGGAGUAGCUGGCUAAAAAGAAAUAAAAUAGUUUUUGUUAUUUUGGCUUGAUAAACUGGUCUAUGACAGGAGAAUUGUAAGGGGAAGAAAAGAUGUUUCUUUUGACUGAUUAUGUGAUAUGCUUUACAUUUUAAGGUAAUAGUUGAAGUUAUAACACCACAUGUGUAAUCUGUGUAUUAUCCACAGCUGCAGCCAAGCAAUGUUUCAAGUUAGUUUUUUCUGAAUUAGAAUGGUUGUUUACCCAA